AUGUCUUCUCUAGAGGGAAAGAGGAUUGCCGUCACAGGUGCGGCGAGUGGUAUUGGACUGGCGACCGCCCAAUUACUGGCCAGCCGCGGUGCCGUGCUAUCGCUCUCGGAUAUCAACCAGGAUAGCCUCCAGAAGGCCCUUGACUCCCUACCAGGCAAGGGUCAUUUCAUCACCGUUGUCGAUGUCCGAGACAGCGCCAAGGUAACGGAAUGGAUCAAAAACACCGCGGAGCGUCUGGGUGGUUUGGAUGGUGCGGCCAACGUCGCCGGCGUCGAACGAGAAGGUGGGCGCCAUCUCGCUGACUCUCGGGACGAAGACUGGGAUUUCGUCAUGGGCAUCAAUGGUGCAGGGGUGUUUUACUCCAUGAGGGCAGAGUUGCAGCAGAUGUUGAAGGGUGGAGGCGGUUCAAUCGUAAACGUCGCCAGCGUUGCAGGAUUUAUCGGACUGGCUGAUACGGGAAUAUACAACGCCAGCAAACAUGCCGUCCGGGGCCUGACGAGAACAGCAGCUCGCGAGUAUGGAUCUCACAACAUCCGAGUAAACGCGGUGGCCCCAGGCGUCAUCAGGACCCCUUUGGUCAAAGCCAUGGAGGAAACAUUCAGAAAUGGCACGGUCACAACCAAAAUGCAAGCGAUAGACCGACAGGCAGAUCCAAAGGAGGUUGCAACGGUCAUUGCCUUCUUGCUGAGCGACGACGCGAGCUUUGUGACGGGAUCAACGUACAAAGUCGAUGGGGGUUGGACUGCUUAG